AUGCUUAACUCGAACUGUGAAAUGUAAACAAAACAAACAUGUCGUUUGUUGACUUUUGUAAUUUUAGUGAUAGGUUAUUUUCAUUUCGACAAUGUAUGGGAGAAAUUGGGAUAUUUGUGUUUCGAAAGGUUUCAUUGAAGGCAUAAUAUUUUUUAAGAAUAAAACUUAAAAACAUAUUUGCAGUCAUGUUGAAUCAAGCUACCGUCGAGGCUUUGUAUUCUGCUACAUAUGUUGAGAACUACUUAGACUGCGUUGAAAAUUUGCCUGAUGAUUUGCAGAGGUACCUAACACGUAUGAGAGAACUUGACGUCUCGUACCAAGCGUUCCUGAAGGAGGUGGAGCAGCACCAGGACGCGGCGCAGCGCGACACGGACCUGGCCACCAAGCGCAAGGUGCUGGUCCGCGUCCAGAAGAUGCUGAUCGCCGCGCAGGAGGUGGGCGACGAGAAGCUGCAGGUGGUGCAGCAGAUACAGGACCUCAUCGAGAACAAGUCGCGCCAGCUCGACCUCGACUACAGGAACCUGGAUUUGGGCAAGGACCAAGAGAACACAGAGCCGAACCGCGAGACCCACCACGGAGCGACCAGCACCAGCGCUGCCACGGGGGCGGCCGGGGGCACGAGUGCCACGCCCGUGCAGGGGGAGCGCCAGUCCAAGCGGCCACGCCGGGCACGGAACGACACGGUGACGGAGAGCGCCGGUCUCGAGGCGGCCACGCCCGAGCCCAAGAGCAGCGCCGGCACGGCCGCCGUCACUCCCGCCGCGACCGCCAGCUCUGCGGCGGUGCAGAAGAAGAGCAGCGCGGGCGGCAAGAAGAAGAAGCGCAAGUCGCGCCAGGCGGCACAGGCGCAGGCGCAGGCGCAGCGCGACGACUCCCCGCCGCGCGAGGACGAGCUGGCCAUCGACCCGGACGAGCCCACCUACUGCCUGUGCGACCAGAUCUCGUACGGGGAGAUGAUCCUGUGCGACAACGACCUGUGCCCCAUCGAGUGGUUCCACUUCUCGUGCGUGGCGCUGGCCACCAAGCCCAAGGGCAAGUGGUUCUGCCCCAAGUGCCGUGGCGACCGCCCCAACGUCAUGAAGCCCAAGGCCCAGUUCUUGAAGGAGCUGGAGCGCUACAACAAGGAGAAGGAAGAGAAGGCAUGAAGCAUCGUGUCCUACAGUGUCUGUGCCAGACCGGUCUUACAAAGUACAUAUUGUUCUUUGCCUUUGUUCUCUCAGUGAAUUAAGUAUAUAAUUUAUUUUUUUUGUACAAAAAAUGUUAGAAAAGAUUUAUAUUAUAAAGCAAGGCACUACUACUAAGUGACGUAGUAACAAUUUUAGUUGACUCAGCAGUCAUAAUUUUUCACAGUUUUACACAGAAUUUUAAUUUCCAUUGAUUAAAAAAGGAUUUUUACCAGGUCCCUAAAUAGGUAGUAGUGAAAUUUUUUGGUCUGACAGUCUUUCUUUCCCGCCAGUUUUGUUUACUAAGAAAGUGGAAUAAUGAUGUUGUAACACAUGCAAAUUGCUAGCUGGCUAAAGUUAGUUAUUAAUUUUAUGUAAGGGAAGAAAAAGUAUUUAACUCUGAAUUACAAAUACGUGUUUAUGUUU